CGUUUCUCCUGUCUCGCCCGCAGCACAACCCCCGCGCACUGCCCUUUUCACGUGUGCGACAACACCAGCGAUUUCAGCCACAAGCUAAGACAAGCAACACCACCACACCAGCACAACCGGCCAUGUCUCGCUUCUACACCGCAUCGACGAGUGAGGAGAGCUCGUCCGAGGAAGAGGAGGAAGUCCCAGAGGUGACCACCCGCUCAGCAAAGCAGUUCACGCGUGUGGACUCAAGCGACGAGGACGAGCAGCGUGUUGUGAAGAGCAAGGCGCAGAAAUUCCGUGAUGAUGCUGCCGUGCAGGCCUCAAGGAUCCGCAACGGAAUGAAGGUCGCAGACUGGUCUUCUGUGGAGGACUCCUUCUCAAACAUGUGCAAGCUCCUGGAGAAGAGCAAGAAGCAGAUUGCCGAGGUCGGCGUGCCCAUCAGCUGUCUCAAGAUCUUUGUCGAGCUCCAAGACGAGGUCAAGGAGGCCUACCGCAGCCGCAAGAAGCUCAACAAGCAGCAGGGCACCUCCCUCAACAGGAUCCACUCCAAGCUCCCCAAGUUCCUCAAGACUGUCUUCAACCGCAAGCCGCUUGAGACGAGCGUGAACGAGUACCGCGAGAAUCCCGUGGAGGAGGAGGAGUCUGAGCAGGAGGAGAGCGAGGAUGAGGAGAGCGAGGAGGAAGAGGAGGAUGACGAGAAGAAGAGCGCGUCAAAGGCCCCGGAGGAGAGCGAGGACAGCGAUGACAGCUACUGGGACACCGACACCAGCGACGAAAGCGACGAUGAGGAGGCUGGCGAGCGCAACGAGCAGCGCGGUUUCCGCGGCUGGGUUGCCACCGACUUCCUCAAGUCAACCACGCAGGCGAAGAAGAAGCAGCGCGAGGGCAAGGAGGGCAGCAAGCCCAAGCCGCAGGCCGCCAAGGAGGGUGAAGGCGAGGAGGGUGACGAGGGCGAGGAGAAGGAAGUCACCAUGGUUGUUCAGGGCAAGACCAAGGAGGAGAAGCCCCUCUUUGAGAAGGGCGAGGAAAUCACCUACGACAAAGUCAUGAACAAGUUCAAGGAGCUGACAAGCGCUCGCAACAAGAGGCGCGAGAAGGGUGCCCAUCGCCGUGCACUCCGCCGCCUCCGCAACAUUUCUGAUGAUCACGGCUUUGGCGCAUUCCCCGCGUGCAACAUCCUGGUUGCCCUCAUCACAUCCUACUUUGAUGAGGACAUCUCCGCCACCGGCUACAUGGACAUUAUGAAAUGGGCCCUGGUGCACAACUUGCUUGUUGAGCUCAUUGGUCUGCUGCUGAAGAACAAGGACAUUGUCGUGUCAAACAGCACCACAGGCAACAGCAAAUCGAACAAGUCGAUCAACGUGGAUGUUGUGCGUCUGGUUGAGCGCCUCGAUGAUGAGCUCACGCGCUCCCUUCGCAACAUCGAUCAGAACUCCCCAGACUACAUUGCAAGAUUGUCGGAUGAGGUUGUGUUGUACAACCUGAUUGUGCUGACCCAGCAGUACAGCCGGACCCUGACUGCCGACUCCCAGUGCCGUGUGCGCCUGCUUCGUCUGGAGCGCAUCUACUACAAGCGCACCUUCCUUGCGCCAACACCUCGUGGCCCCACCCGCAUGCUGCCCAGCAAGGUGGAGCACAUCAUGGAGAAGUAUGACAGGCAGCCCAAGCCGGAGGACAUCCACUUCCCCGUGCCGUCCCCAUGGGUUGUUGACAACAAAGUCGAGGCUGACAUUGAGGGCCUUGUGGACCGCCUGUGCAAGUUUGUGUACAAGCACUGCAAGGGCCGCAUGGCCGUGCGCACCGCGUUGUGCCACGUGUUCCACUUGGCGCUCUUUGACAGGUGGACGGAGGCUCGCGACCUCAUGCUCAUGUCCCGCCUGCAAGACACCAUCUCUCAGGCAGACAUUCCCACUCAGAUUCUGUUCAACCGGGCCAUGGUACAGCUUGGUCUGUGUGCGUUCCGCGCCGGCAACGUCAUCCAGGCACAGGCCGCCCUCAACGAGAUUGUGCAGAUGGGCAGGGCCAAGGAGCUGUUGGCACAGGGGUACAAGUUCAGGCACGACAAGAGCCAGAGCCAAAUCUCCAAGGAGAAGAUGCGCCAGACACCGUUCCACAUGCACAUCAACGUCGGCCUUCUCGAGGCCGUCUACUACACAGCAUCCAUGCUCAUCGAGAUCCCAGCAAUCGCACAGUACGGCACUGGCCGCUCGCGGUACAUGAACCGCAACUUCCGUCACCGCCUGGAGGAGUUUUGCCGCGAGUCGUACCACGCGCCGCCAGAGACCACCCGCGAGAAGAUCAUGUCUGCGUCGCUCGCCAUGCUGCAGGGCGACUGGGUGCGCUGCCGCGAGUUCAUCUGUGACCUCGGCGUUUGGGACCUCAUGCCCAACAAGCCGGCCGUGCUGACCAUGCUCGCCGAGAAGAUCCAGCACGAGGGCUUGCGCACCUUCCUCCUCGCAAACUCGGGAUACUUUGACAGCAUCACCCUCGACAAGCUUGCAGAGCGGUUUGAGCUGGACAUGAAAGAGGUGCGCGGCAUUGUGAGCAAGAUGAUCUUCCGUCGCGAGCUGUACGCCUUCUACGAUCCCAUGACCGCAGCCGUUGUCAUGUACCGCCAGCAGCCAUCCAGCCUGCAGGUUGCUGCCAAGAAGCUCGCAGACAAGGUUGGCCAGCUGCUUGAUGCCAACGACCGGCUGUAUGCUGCCCGCUUCUACUCUGGUCCGCGCGAGGGCGGCCAGCAACAGGACAACCGCCGCCGCCCCUACAACCGCUAUUCGCACGGGCAGCGCGGCAACCAGCGCUACCGCGGUGGCGGCCAGGGUCGCCAGUGGAACAACCGACCGCCACACACGGGCGCGCGCCUGAGGCGAACCGGCCCGCAAUAGGCAUGUGCUGCGUUUGCCUCGUUUCCUGCACGCCUCGCACUGUCUUGGUGUGAUGGCCGUUUGUUUGUUGGCGUCAUCAUGGUGUUGAUUUGCUUGGCGCGCUCCGUUUUGUUCCGUGGAUCAUGCAGUUAGGAACGACAUGUGUGCGUGUUGUGUUGUGUUGUGUUGUGUUGUGUUGUGUUGUGUUGUGUAUUUGAGCUACGUCCCGCUCGCUUUGUCUCUCCGUCAACUCGUCACCAUAAAAGAGAACAGUUGACA